AUGGUGAGAACACGAAACGGAGCCCAAUCAAAUAAUGAUCGGAAUAGCGGACCGCAACCCAAUGGACAAGGAGCACAACCAGACUUAGUUCAACUGAUGCAAGCAUUUGUUGCUGCUGCUGCUGGCAACCCUCAACAGCAACAACAACAACGUGGACCACUAACCAGGAGUAGAGAUCAACUUCUGGAUGCAUUCUGCAAACGUCGUCCUCCGAUCUUUUAUGGGGAAGCAAACCCUAGCGCUGCAGAAGUAUGGAUCAAACAAAUCUCUAAGUACCUAGAAGUACUUAAUGUGACUAGUGCGGGCGAUCGCAUUGCCUUAGCAACCUUUCAGAUGCAAGGGGAAGCAGAUCAUUGGUGGGAUUUGAUUAAGACCACUCAUAAUUUGACAACUAUGACCUGGCAGAUGUUCGAAAACCGUUUCCUUGAAAAAUACUUUCCAGCACCUGUGAAACAAGCCAUGGCUCAAGAAUUUAUGGACUUAAAGCAGCGUUCCCUAACAGUAACCCAAUAUGCUGCCCGUUUUGAAGAAUUGGCACGUCAUGCCAGUACCGUAGUACCCACUGAUGUUGCAAAAGCUAGGAAGUUUGAAUGGGGUCUGUCCCGCUCUAUUCGUACUAGUGUGGUCUCUCAUGAGUACCCCACCUAUGCACAGGAAGGCCAUUUCAGGAACAACUGCCCAAAGCUUGCUGGAUUGGGAAAUUUUGGGCAAGGGGGACAACAGCAAUUUCAGGCACGGCCAUCAGGGUUGGGGAACCAAAAUCCGGUUAAUCCGAACCAACAGAAGAUUGGAUGGAAUCAGCAACAACUCCAUCCUUUUCAAAACAAUGCAAGCGGACAGAACAAGCCAACAGGAGGCAGAGUCUUUGCUCUACAAGGCACUGAACAAGAUACUGAGGAGGAGUAUGACCCGUCAGUGAUACAAGGUACUCUUAUACUAUAUAGUACUUGUGUUCAAGCAUUAUUCGAUUUAAGAGCUUCGCACUCUUUCAUAUCUAUUGCAUGCGUCUCUGCUCUUGGACUAAAAACAGAACCUCUAGGGACAACAAUGCAUGUAACCUCUCCAUUAGGGGGAAAAAUUUCUGUGGGAUUAAUUUGUAAGGGGUACGAAUUAGAAGUAUCUAACCUGAGAUUAACUGUCGACCUACGAGUAAUCGACAUGACAGAAUUUGAUGUCAUACUUGGAAUGGACUGGCUAUCUGCGCAUCACGCUGUCGUAGACUGCCAUCGGAAGAUGGUGACAGUGUAUUCAUUAGACGGUACGUCUUUCAAAUUUAAGGGGGAUAGACAAGACCCCUCCGCAACAACCCCACACCGAUCGAGGUGGCAUGAUAAGCUUUCAGGGUGGCUUGCAAGCCUCAAGCUAGAGGAGACAGAUCGUAUGGAACCCGGUCUUCCUCACAUUGUGUGUGAGUACGAGGAUGUGUUUCCUGAUGAAUUACCUGGACUGCCUCCACGUCGGGACUUAGAUUUCACGAUCGAGUUGCAACCAGGCACGGCACCAAUAUCCAUGGCACCAUAUAGGAAGGCACCGGCGGAACUACGAGAGUUGAAGACUCAGUUACAAGAUCUGGUGGAUAAAGGUUUUAUCAGACCCAGUACAUCACCAUGGGGAGCACCUGCUUUAUUCGUCAAAAAGAAAGAGGGAACACUUAGACUCUAUAUCGACUACCGCCAACUCAAUAGGGUCACAAUCAAGAACCGUUAUCCAUUACCUAGAAUCGAUGACUUGUUUGAUCAACUGAGAGGGUCAAUCUGCUUCUUGAAGAUCGAUUUACGGUCUGGAUACCAUCAGCUACGAGUUAGAGAUAGUGACAUACCUAAGACAGCUUUUCGAACCCGUUAUGGCCACUCUGAAUUUGUGGUGAUGCCAUUUGGAUUAACCAACGCUCCUGCUGUUUUCAUGUGUCUGAUGAACAAAAUUUUCACGCCAUAUCUGGACAAAUUUGUGGUAGUGUUCAUUGACGACAUUCUUGUAUAUUCGCCAACAGAGAAGGAACACGAAGAGCAUUUGAGAAUCGUAUUGCAAGUACUUCAGAAUAAUCAAUUGUACGCAAAGGCCAGCAAGUGCGAAUUUUGGAUGAAAAAAGUCAAAUUCUUGGGACACGUGGUGUCAGAGAAAGGAAUCUCUGUGGAUAACAGCAAAGUAAAAGCUGUCAUGAACUGGAAACGACCCUCAACGGUGUUUGAGAUUAGAAGUUUCUUGGGAUUAGCUAGCUACUACAGAAGGUUCAUUCAAGAUUUCUCAAUUUUGGGAAAACCAAUGACGCGACUGACCCAGAAAGGGGUUAAGUUUGAAUGGAACGAAAUAUGUGAGAAAUUGUUCCAAGAACUCAAGAAGAGAUUGACCAGUGCCCCCAUACUAAUCAUUCCCGAGCGGAACGUGGGAUAUGCAGUGUACUGUGAUGCAUCCAAAGAUGGAUUGGGAGCUGUGCUCAUGCAAAAUGGAAAGGUCAUCGCUUAUGGAUCCCGACAACUGAGGCCGCAUGAGAAGAAUUAUCCAACUCACGAUUUGGAAUUGGCAGCAGUAGUAUUUGCCCUUAAAUCCUGGCGUUACUAUCUGUAUGGAGAACAGUUCGAGAAGGAGCUGAAUAUGAGGCAAAGCAAGUGGAUGGAAUACAUAGAGGACUACAGUUUCACGUUGUCUUAUCACCCUGGGAAGGCCAAUGUAGUUGCUGACGCUCUCAGUCGCAAAACUCGAGGACAAUUGGCAAGUAUGGCUAUCAAGGAAUGGAAAAUGAUGGAAGCCAUUAAUGAGUUUAGACUUCAACCUACUAUAAGUGCAGAAGGAGCCUGCCUUUUUGCUUUUAAACUUGGAGGAACACUUCAACCAUUACCGAUACCUGGAUGGAAGUGGGAGCACAUUACUAUGGACUUUGUCACAGGACUACCUCGAUCACCUAAAUCCAACACUGCCAUUUGGGUAAUUGUGGAUCGAUUGACUAAGUCAGCACACUUCCUUCCUGUACGUAUGACGGAUACCAUGGAAUCAUUCAGAGAAGCAAGCCUAUUGGGACCAGAACUUGUUAGAGAGACAACAGAAAAGGUCAGAAUCAUCCGCCAACGACUUUUGACCACUCAGAGCCGACAGAAAAGCUACGCUAACAAGAGGACUAGACCACUAUCCUUUCAAGCUGGAGAGCAUGUAUUUGUUAACAUCAAGCCACGACGAGGAGUUAUCCGAUUUGGAAAGAAGGGGAAACUAUCGCCCAGGUAUAUCGGACCAUUUGAGAUUUUGGAGAAGAUUGGAGAGGUUGCCUACCGCCUAGCCCUGCCCCCACAAAUUGACAGAGUCCACAACGUUUUCCAUGUGUCUAUGCUUCGCAAGUAUAUGUCACACCCCUCUCACGUACUCAACUGGGAGGAGGUCACACGUAAAGAAGACACAACCUUCGACGAACAACCUAUCGAGAUACAAGAUUGUAGUGAGAAGAAUAUCAGAGGUAAGACGAUAAAACUCAUCAGGAUCUUAUGGCGACAUCGGGGUAUAGAGGAGUCAACAUGGGAGAGAGCUGAUACUAUGCGCACCAACUACCCGUAUCUAUUUCCACCAGAAGUGUCGUUGGGCUGGCGUUUCAUGUCAGGUAAUACAGAGACCGAGGAACAGAAUCCGCAGCAAGAUGAACAGUACCAUGGUAAAGACCUCUCAACUGAGGAAGGAGAGUUUGUUGAGCCUUGGAGGCCAUAUCCUUAG